AUGUACGGAAAGCUGCUCCUUUUUGGAAUUACCCUCUACUCGGCAUUAUCUAUCGCUUCUGAUGCCCAAAUUCGUGGUGUGCCACCCUCAGAUCAGCAUUUAUAUGCGCCUGUCGACAACAAUGGAGUAAAGCAAUGGCAUUGCUUGGGAGACCCUUCUAUCAUAUUAUCGUACGAUCAAAUCAAUGACGACUACUGUGACUGUCCUGACGGCUCAGAUGAGCCAGGAACUAAUGCUUGUCCAUAUAACUCCAGCAGAAAGUUCUACUGUGCCAACAAACACCAUAUCCCAGGAUUCAUUGAAACCUUCAAAUUGAACGACGGAACUUGUGAUUAUGACAUAUGCUGUGAUGGUUCUGAUGAGUACUUGAGUGGAAAGUGUGAGAACAAGUGUGAGCAAAUUCAUGAGCAGUUCGUCGAGUACAAACUGAGAGUUGUGAGUGAGGUGGAGGAGUCCUUGAAGGUGAAAAACAAGAUGAUCGAAGAAGCUCGUAAGAUUAAAGCCUUGAUGGUGCAAAAAAUCAGUGAAAUGAACUCAGAGUUGAAAAUCAAAGAAGAGCAGAUAGAGCUUCACAUUCAGCAACAGGAGCAAGGCGAAGAUGAAGAAGAAGAAGAAGGUGAACAAGUAUACGAUAAACUCGAGCCUUACUUGACCGAAUUGUCACACAGAAUGCACGCAUACUCCCAAAAGGUAAAGGACCAGGAAUCCAGGAUAUCCUAUCUUGAAAAGGCUUUGUCCAAAUUGACCCAGGACUACAAUCCCAAUUUCAAUGAUGCAGCAGUUAAAGAGGCUGUCAAGGCAUUCCAAGAAUAUGCAUCCAACUUAGGAGAAACUACAAGCGUCGCUGAUGCUUCCGAAAUUUUGAAUUCGUUGAUAGAUUCGACCAAGGAUUUGUCCUUCACAUCCCAGAAUCUGGGCAAUGUUGUACCUAGCUUCGCCAAUAUGGCACAAUACUACUUUGAUCAAUUUACCAAGCCAAAAAACCAAGAAUUGCCCAAGAAGAAGAGAAGGUCCGAGAACUUUGAUCUCGAACUGGAGUCUAAAGAGAGGGACAGCUUGAGGGACGAAAUUAAGGUGUAUGAGGAAGACUUGACUAAAGAUUAUGGUCCAGAAGGGAUCCUUAGAGCUUCUGCAUCCUCAUGGGUCAGCGGAAGUAUCGGAGAAUACAAGUAUAAGCUAGGAUUUUUAAACUCCAUCUAUCAAGACUCCAUCUUGAUUGGAACCUAUACUAAAUAUGAGGAUAACAAGUUAUACUUCACCAAUGGUCACAAGUGCUGGAAUGGGCCAUAUAGAUCCGCAGUGGUCGAGCUUAUUUGCGGGGCACAAAACAAGUUCUUGAAUGUCAGGGAACCCGAAAAGUGUGAAUACUACUUUGAGGUGGUUAGUCCUAUUGCUUGUGAGGAGUUCACGGACGAUGACAUUCUCGCCAACUUCAAAAUAGACUACACUAAUUUAUGA